AUGAAGAGCUGGAGCGGCAACAAGAUCAACCCAGUCAGCAACCUCGAAGACCGCAAGAUCUACAUGUGGACCGGAACCGCCGACACAACCGUCGGUCCGAACGUGAUGAGCCAGUUGAAGGCGCAGCUGGCGAACUUUGACGCUGCAGCCAACGUCUCGUACAUCACGACCAGCGGCGCGGUGCACACCUUUCCCACUGACUUUGAUGCAUCAGGGGACAACUCGUGCAGCUCGUCUGUGUCUCCUUAUGUCAGCAACUGCCAGUAUGACGGCGCAGGGGCUGUCCUAAAGUGGAUGUACGGGACGCUAAAUGCUAGAAACACAGGCACAUUAUCCGGUUCCAUUGUGUCUUUCAGCCAGACGGGAGAGUAUGGCGCCAGCGGGAUGGAUACCACUGGAUAUCUCUAUGUCCCUAAGGCAUGCCAAGCUGGGUCUUCGACGGUAUGCAAGCUGCAUGUCGCCCUGCAUGGCUGCCUGCAGAGCUACAGCAUGAUUGGAAGCAAGUUCGUUUCUAAUACCGGGUACAACAUGUGGGCGGAUACCAACAACAUUAUUAUUCUUUACCCGCAAGCAGUGGCGGAUAACACCAUGCACACCGUUUGGAGUGGGAUGCCGCUCCCCAACCCGAACGGUUGCUGGGACUGGGUUGGCUGGUAUGGAGCAAAUGCUGACCAGCUCGGAGGCGUGCAAAUGGCUGCGAUUGUGAACCAAGUGGCCCGGAUUGUCAGUGGCUACGGGGCCGGCAGCAGUUCCUCAACAACUACUGCUACCCCCACGACUACCACCGGCUCUAAAACAACAACUACUACUACUACAGUCACCACGACCGCUGUUGCCCCAUUGUACGGACAGUGCGGUGGACUCGGCUGGACGGGUCCGACGGCUUGUGCCACUGGUGUUUGCACGGCCUAUAGCCCUUAUUAUGCCCAGUGCCUCUUGGUAGUGUAG